AUCUCUCUCUCCGCUCCGCUCGGUUCUGUUCCCACCUCUCUCUCCGCUCCGCUCGGUUCUGUUCCCAUCUCUCCGCUCGGUUCGGUUCUGUUCCCAUCUCUCCGCUCGGUUCGGUUCUGUUCCCAUCUCUCCGCUCGGUUCGGUUCCGUUCCCAUCUCUCUCUCCGCUCGGUUCGGUUCUGUUCCCAUCUCUCUCUCCGCUCGGUUCGGUUCUGUUCCCAUCUCUCUCUCCGCUCGGUUCGGUUCGGUUCGGUUCCCCAGCGGGGCCCGAUGCUGGCGGCGGUGCCGAGGAGCGAUGAGCCGCCCGUCCUCCGCCGGGCCCGGCCCUAGCAAGCCUUGCGGGAAGCAGCAGCAGCAGCAGCAGCAGCAGCAGCAGCGCGCCCCGUCCCCCGCCGCCGUCCUGCCGGGCACCGGCAGCGCUUCUCCGCCGCCUCCCCCUCCUCCUCCUCCUCUUCCUCCCCCCCAGCAGCAGCAGCAGCAGCAGCAGCAGCAGGAGCUGACCUCGCUCUUCGAGUGCCCCAUCUGCUUCGACUAUGUCCUGCCGCCCAUCCUGCAGUGCCAGGCCGGGCACCUGGUGUGCAAGCAAUGCCGGCAGCAGCUGAGCCUCUGUCCCACCUGCCGGGGCCCCCUGACCCCCAACAUCAGGAACCUGGCCAUGGAGAAGGUGGCCUCGGCCGUCCUCUUCCCGUGCAAGUAUGCCACAACAGGCUGCUCCCUGGCACUCCACCACACAGAAAAGCCAAAACAUGAAGCCAUGUGUGAGUACCGUCCCUACUCCUGCCCGUGCCCUGGUACCUCCUGUGACUGGGAGGGGUCCUUGGAAGCCGUCAUGUCCCACCUCAUGCAUGCCCACAAAAGCAUUACCACCCUUCAGGGAGAAGACAUCAUUUUCCUUGCCACAGACAUUAACCUGCCAGGGGCAGUGGACUGGGUGAUGAUGCAGUCGUGCUUUGGUCACCAUUUCAUGCUGGUGCUGAAGAAACAGGAGAAGUGUGAAGGUCACCAGCAGUUUUUUGCCACCGUGCUGCUCAUUGGCACCCGUAAGCAGGCAGAGAACUUCCAGUACAGACUGGAGCUGCACGGCAGCUGCCACCGGCUGACCUGGGAGGCGUCUCCCUGCUCCAUCCACGACGGCGUGGCCGUGGCCAUCCGCAACAGCAACUGCCUCGUUUUUGAUACAGCCACCGCACACCUUUUUGCUGACAACGGAAACCUCGGCAUCAACGUGACAAUUUCUAUGUGUUGCCCAUGAUGCAUUGCUAGUGACACUCGAGCUGUCUGGAUGUCGUGCUUCAGCAGGGUUUGGUUUUGGUUCCUGUUUUUUACGCUGUUCAGCUAUGUCAUCUUGUAUGCUAAGGCUUCUGACGAGCCAACGGUUGUAACUUUGGGCAGGAGAGGAACAAGAGUGUGCUGUAAGUAACAUGAGUGGGACAAGGUCUUUUAAAAUUUUUGGGUGCCUUAGGAAGAUUAUACACACAGAGUUACCUUUUAUAAUUAUAUUUUAUGUAAAGAGUGCUUCCAUUAGAUAUGUGGCUUGAGAGGCUCCUGUUUGGAGCACGUCUAGAAGCCCUUUCAGCAGCAGUACAGAUUCCUUCUGUCACAGGUGGGCUUUAAUAAAAGGCUUUAGUAUCACAAGAGGGUUUGGUUUGGAAGAGAUGAUUAUCUGUUCCAAUCCUCCUGCCAUGGGCAGGGACACCUUCCACUAUCCCAGAUGGCUCCAAGCCCUGCCCAGCCUGGCCCUGGGACACUUGCAGGGAUCCAGGGUCAGCCACAGCUGUUCUGGGCACCCUGUGCCAGGGACUCCCCACCCUCACAGGGAACAAUUCCUUCCCAAUAUCCCAUCCAUCCCUGCCCUCUGGCAGUGGGAAGCCAUUCCCUGUGUCCUGUCACUCCAGACCCUUGUCCAAAGUCCCUCUCCAGCUCUCUUGUAGCACCCUUGGGCACUGGAAGGGGCUCUAAGUUCUCAUGAUUUGCCCUUAGUGAAGCCAUAUUGGCUAUCACAAGUCACCUUAUUUUCCAUGUGCCUUAGCAUCGUUUCCAGGAGGAUUUUUCCAGGCGUUGAGGUGAGACCUGACCACCUGUAGUUCUGUGGAUCUCCCUUAUUCAUCUUUCUAAAAAGGGGGGGUUAUGUUUCCCCUUUUGGAGUCAGUGGGAACUUCUCUGGACAGCCACAACUUCUCUAACAUGAUGGAUAGUGGCCAAGCCACUUCUUCCACCAGUCCCUCUGAACCCAUGGGUGCAUCUCGUCAUGUCCCAUGGACUUGUGCACCUUCAGGUCCCUUAGACCUCCUCGACCCCGAUGCUCUCCUACUGCUGGCAGUUCUUUGCUGCUCUCUGCCUUUGCCUCCUGUGACUUGGCCAGUGUGGCUGGAGCAGCUUGCCGUGAAGGCUGAGUCAGAAACGUGGCUGAGUGCCUCAGCAUUCUCCCAAGUCUUCCUUUUAUCACCAAUGUACCUAUAGAGGUUUCUCUGCUUGUUGCCGUUGAUGCCUCUGGCCAGAUUUAAUUCUUUCAGGCUUUGGCAGUCCUAACCUGAUCCCUUACAACCUCUCUGUACUCCUCCCUGGCUGCCUGUCCUUUCCUAGUAGGUGAGAAAGGAAAGAAAUCCAAGCAGCCUCUCACAGGAGAAGCUGUGAGGGGAGCAGUAGGUACUUCAGCAAUAUUUCUCCAUUCCCUGCUACUUUAUGGAAGGGAAGGGCACUGGGUCAGCUGUGGUGGCUUUAACAGGAAAAAGGAGAGAAGGGGUUGGGGCACAUUUCACAGAGCACGGAACUGCUGGCUCCUGUCUGCUUUAGGGGGAUGGGGCCAGGUACAGGGGCAAGCAGGAGGCACAGGUUUCACAGACUGCAGGUGGCUGGAGCCAGUGGCACAGGGUUGUCCACGUGCAGCUGCCCUGGGACACGCUCUACUAUUGAUUAUUGUCAAAGAUUCAUAAUAUAGCAAGAGCUUUAUGGCCAGUCUUGUCAUUUGCUAUUUAAGUUUUGUUGCCAUAUUUCUUUUAUUUUGCAAUAAAUAUUUUGCAAAACCUCCACUGAGGAGCUGUGCUAACACAGGAGUGCGUGGCAGCUGCUCCGUGGUUUCGUGGUGUGCUCGGCCGUGCUGGCUCAGCUGGGAUCCCCUGGCAUGGGCUGGCUCUCCCUGGAGGGUCCUUGCCCCUGCCACCUCCCAGCCCCGCUGCUGGACACACGAGCAGAGGAACUGGGUGGGGAUGUGAGUCCCAGGGACAGCAGUGACAGCCUGACCUGUGCAACUGCAUCAUGGGGCUGUCACCACAACUGACUCUGCCUGCAGCUCCCCCUCUGCCACAGGAACGUUCUGCUGGAGUCACUGACAGCAAAUACCAGCUCCACACACGGCUGUGCCAAAUCUUGUCCGUGCACCAUUUGGAGGAGGCACUGAGCCACGAGGUGACACUGCCGGGGGAAGCCUCACAAUGGUGGAAAAUGGCAGGUAAGGGACAGGUGAGGCUUGGUGUGAAUAAAUACAAUACAAAAGGAGGAAAACCAGUCCUGACUGUUCCUCCUGGGAGAGCUCUGGAAUUAUGUCCAAGCCCUAAGCAGCCGUCACCAGCACCUGGCAGCAGCCCUCAGAAAAGUGCACAGGAACAAGUUUGGCCUCAGUGGAGGGAAGCUCGGUCUGGCUGCAAGAACUUGGAAGUGACCAUGGAAAAAACCUCCCAAGGAAUUACUCUCUAGGCACUGAAUACCAACAAUUAAAGGUUCUACAGCUGGUGUCACUUACAUUGUGCCAGCAGAACUCCAGCAGCAUCAGCCUGGUGAACUAAUUGCCUCCUGCAUAAACAGGAUCGAAAUCAAGCUGUGGUUCCAACAGCUGUCACCACCUGUGCUUUCAUCAGGAUUUAAGCAAGAAUUCCUAAGGAUUUGAUUAAUUUUUCUGUAAUUUGGUAAAACUUAUAGUGGAAGGUAAUUUGCUUAUUGACAUUUGGGACAUAAGAGGAUUUUUGCAUAAAGCAAAGCUCCAAAGUGUGUCUUUGAAUAUAGCAGGAUUAAUUAAUUACUCCAGUGUUACCUAUAACCCACAUAAGUUAACACACUUUAUCAUUAGGUCUGUCCACACCAUUCAGUUCUGAAGGAGUAGCAAACUCUUGCUAGAUUUCACCUAAAAAAACCCAAACAAAAUUAACCCAUCACCUUGUGUCUUUUCUGACUGAAACUGAGUUUAGGGUAAAGAAUGCCUCAGCUGGCACUGCCAAGAAGGAAGGUGUUUCCAGUUCAGGUCACCUAGUAGACAAGUGACAUUCAUUUCAGGAUUCCCUCAGGUUUCAGGUUUUCCUCCCAAGGCAGCUGAUAUGACUUCCCAAGUAAAGUUCCUCAAGACAUUCAGAAGAGAUUAUUGAGGCCUGCCUGGUUUUCUGAACAGAACUGACUCCUCUCAAGGCCCCAGCCUUGAAAGGGAUGGUGAAGCCUCUCUGGACAGAGCUUGCAGCAGGCAGACCUGCGUGCCAGGCUACAACACCUGGGAGGUGCCCUGAGCCCCUUGGCUGCUCUCCAGCCCACCAGGACCAUCUGCUGUGGAAGGUGAUGCCCAGGGAGCAAAAGCUGUGCCUGGGAAGCAACUUUUCUGUUGCUAGAGUUCUCCCUAAAAACUAUUUCCGUUUCAAACACAAGUGAAAAUGCAAGUGUCCAGGGCCUGAUGAGUUUAGACUGAACACAGCACAACUCGAGGGGCCCUGGUCGGGGCUGUCGUGCCACAGCCAGACCCAAGGGCUGUGGUGAUCCCAGAGGCCAUGGAAGUGAUCUUGCAGUGCUCUGGGCACCAACACCAGAGGAGCCACUGACACCACUGGCUGCAUCUCAACACGCUCUUUCCAUCUGAGGAAUAAGUGAAGCUGGCUUACUGUGUUGUGGAACUCACAUGCUAGUAAGACACUGUGAAUUUUUACAGACAGCACUGGUACAGUAGCACACAGCUGCUCUCCCGAGGGGUAUCCAAACCUGGCUGUGUUUGCACAAGACAGUUUCCUCUCUUUUAUUCUGCAAACUGUAUGUGCAGACUCCUUCCAGAGGUUGCACAGCGGCAAGUGCUACGGGAGAGCUCAGAAGGUGUGUGACAAUGUGUGACAAUGUGUGACAAUGUGUGACAGUGUGUGACAAUGUGUGACAAUGUGUGACAAUGUGUGACAAUGUGUGGCACAGGUGAAUCCGCUCGGGCCGGUGCUCCGUGUGCACGGGCGGUGUCCGCACAGUCGGGGCGGGGUUGGUAACGCGCGGUGUCAGCCCCAGCCCAGCAGCUCCGGGAGGCGCUGGGACGGCAGGAGCAGGACCGGGCACAGGCUCGGACACCGCUGGCACCGAGGGCCCCCCCGGCAGCUCCCGGGGAGAGCCGGUACCGGGGAGAGCCGGCACCGGGCAGUGCGGCCAGCACAGCGCCCGCAGCCCCGCCCGGGCGGCCCCGGGGAACGGAGCGGCCGCAGCUGCAGCCCCGAACAGCAGCGAGCGCCGCGGGGAGCCUCGGCCCGGGGCCGGUACCGGGCGGG